UUGGAGGGGAGGGAAGGCUGCGCUGCAGCAAAAACGCGAAGUGCAGCAGCAGCAGCAAAAAGGGGAGCAGCAGCAGCAAAGGGGAGCAGCAGCAGCAGCAAAGGGGAGCAGCAGCAGCAGCAGCAAAAGGGAAGGCAGCAGCAAAGUGCAGGCAGCAGCAACAAAUGGGGGAACAGAAGCAGCAAAAGGGGAAGCAGCAGCAGCAAGAGGGGAAGCAGCAGCAGCAAAAGGACAGCAGCAACAGCAAACAGGAAAGGAGCAGCAGCAAAACGAACAGCAGCAGCAAAAAGGGAAGCAGCAGCAGCAAGAGGGGAAGCAGCAGCAGCAAGAAGGGAAGGAGAAGCAGCAAAAGGAAAAACAGCAGCAGCAGCAGCAAGAGAAGAAGCAGCAGCAGCAAAAGAAAGAGCAGCAGCAAGAGGGGAAUCAGCAGCAGCAAAAGAAGCAGCAGCAGCAACAGGCGAAGCAGCAGCAGCAAGAGGGGAAUCAGCAGCAGCAAAAGAUGAAGCAGCAGCAGCAAGAAGGGAAUAAAUAG